GCUGAUAAUUUGAAACAACGAUAGUCGAACAUGGCGACUAAGAAGGUUGGUGGAUUAUGUGCUCCUCUUGCUAAGUUGUAUAGAGGAAAUGCACCCACGACAAGUGCAUUAGCGCAACGUACAUAUGCAACCGCGGAGGAGGGUGAUACUAAGAUCACCCACACCGGUCAGGUGUUUGAGAAAGAUGAUUACCGAUUAGUAAGAUUUAUGAACAGACCAAAGGAAGUCAAUGACAACUGGGCUAUCAAACUGAUAGAUGAAGUACCGCCAACCCCUAUAAAAGAUAGAAUCGUGGCUUGUGAUGGUGGUGGUGGCCCACUUGGACAUCCUAAAGUUUACAUAAACCUUGAUAAACCAGGAAAUCAUAUUUGUGGUUAUUGUGGUUUACGCUUCCACAAGGAGGAUCAUCAUUAGACGACUAUUGUACAAGAGUAGUUAUAUCACCUGAUAAUUUAUAAACACUUUAGGACACAAUAUUUGUUGUAAUAAACGGGUAAAAUAAGACUGGUGUUGAUGUAAUGAUUGUAUUCACAAACGCCAAAUGAUACUAAAUAAUAAAUAAUAAAGAUUGCAGAUUGAAAAUAUA